AUGUCUAGAGAUGGUUCUGUUACACCAUUGAAUGUCACAGUAUUAGAAGACCAACCUCUGAGAGAAGAAUGUGAACCAUUUGACAGUACCAAUAACUACAACCCAGAAACACCAAUUGCCAUUGACUUUGGUUCAUUUAAUGUUAGAGCUGGAUAUGUGAAUCAAGCCAGUCCCUCGCAUGUAUUUAUCAAUGAACUGACUAGGUAUCGGGAUCGUAAGUUAGCACAUACUUUUACUUAUAUUGGUAAUGAUACUUUGUUAGACCAGACAGUUUGUUCUCAGGCGAAAUCUCCUUUUGACGGUUCUUUGAUAACCAACUGGGAUUAUGUUGAAGAUAUUAUGGAGUAUACAUUUAACCAUCUGGGUGUAGUAUCUGAUAAUGGAGUAAGAAACCCACUUCUAAUUAAUGAAAGAUUGGGAUGUCUUGCAUCUCAAAGAAACAAUUGGUAUCAAAUAUUGUUUGAAUCGUUUAAUAUGUCGAAGGUUACGUUUGGUAUUGAUAGUCUGUUCGCUUAUUAUGCAAAUAAUGAGCUUGAUAAAGACGGUAUUGUAAUUGAUUGUGGUAAUCAAGAUACUAACGUCAUACCAAUUGUUAAUGGGAAGGCAAUUUUGACUGAAUCUAAGAGAAUUGAUUGUGGUGGAUCGCAAGCGAUAGACUUCCUUUCGGACGUAAUGACUUUGAAGUACCCAUAUUUCCCAACUAAGUUGUCCGGUUAUCAAUAUAGGAAGAUGUACGAGAAUUAUUGUUACACCUCUCAGGAUUAUAAUAAAGAUAUCGAUCAUUAUUUGACAUUAGAUAAUUUAUCUGAUAAAAAUAUAGUUAUUGAAGCUCCAUUUACUGAGAUUUUGCAACCUCAGAAGACUGAAGAAGAAUUGAGAAUACAAGCAGAGAAGAGAAAAGAAACCGGUAAAAGAUUACAGGAGCAAGCUAAGCAGAAGAGAAUAGAAAAGUUGAUCCAAAAGACUGAGGAAUAUGAGUAUUUUUCAAAGGUAAGAGAACAACUGGUCAAUCAAUCUAAGAAGGCAGCUCUCUCGAUUUUACAAAAUGCAGGAUUUGAUGAUGAACGUGAUUUUAAAAAGUAUAUGUAUAACCUAGAAAAGUCCUUAAAAAAGGCACAAGCUAUUGAGACUGACGGGGCAGAUGAUAAUACUGAAGAAGAAGAACACAAAUUUGAUCUAGUUGAUAUUCCAGACGCUGACUUAAAUGAGGAACAAAUAAAAGAGAAGAGGAAGCAAAGAUUUUUAAAGGCAAGUUUUGAUGCUAGACAAAAAGCCAAAGAAGAAAAAUUGAGACGUCAAAAAGAGGAAGAAGAAUCUAAAAAGAGAGAAGAGGAGUGGAGACAAACAAACCUGGGUGGUUGGAUUAAAGACAAGAGAGGAAAGCUAGCGGUAGUGGUUAAAAAGAGAAAAGAUAAAGUUAAAUUGAAAGAAGAUAUGAAAGAUCGUAAAUCACAAGCUUCUCAGAAAAGAAUGAAGAAUUUAGCGAAUUUAGCAGAGGAUACGCCACAAUCGGGAUCGAAGAGAAGCAGGCAACAAGCCACUAUCGAUAAUGAUCCAAAUGAUACAUUUGGUGCUAACGAUGAUGAUUGGUCUGUUUAUAAUGAUGUUACCCAAAAUCCUGAAGCAUUGGACGAACUGAUUGAGGAGGAUUAUCGUGAAAUCCUUGAGUUGGAGAGUCAGCUUCUGGAGUUUGAUCCAAACUUUACAGAAGAGGAUACGUUAGAUGCACAAUACGAUUGGAGAAAUUCGGUCUUACAUCUCUUCCUUAGAGGACCAGCCCCACAUGAUGGUGAGGAUGUACAUGAACAACACCAAAUGCAUAUGAAUAUAGAAAGAAUUAGAGUCCCUGAAAUUCUUUUCCAACCUUCCAUAGGUGGAUUGGAUCAAGCAGGAAUAGCAGAAUUAUGCGAAACGAUAUUAUUAAGAAAGUUUGAUUCAAAACCUAGUAGACUGAGUCAAAGUGCAUUGAAUAUGGUUAAUAAUACAUGGUUAACAGGGGGUAACUCAAGAAUACCUGGAACAAGAGAAAGAAUUGUAAAAGAAUUUACUCAAUUUUUACCUGUCAAUACGCCUAUAUCAGUGCAUCAAAGCUCCAACCCAACUUUAGAUGCAUGGAAUGGUAUGGUAAAGGUCGGGAAUAAUAAGGAACUAUUUGAUAAAACCUCGAUCACUAAGAAAGAGUAUGAUGAAUUCGGUGCAGAUUAUAUAAAGGAACACCAAUUAGGAAAUAUUAGUUAUUUCUAA